AUGUCACUUGUAGCAGUAGAGGCUCUUAUCGACCUCUUCAACCCUCAGCCGUAUUGCUGUUCUGAAUGUGGUGAAACAUUUUCAGACAAUAGUAGUCUUCGGGUUCAUACAAGAAUUCACACAGGAGAGAAACCUCAUUGCUGUUCUGAAUGUGGUAAACGGUUCUCCACCAGUAGCCAUCUUCAGAUUCACAAAAGAAGUCACACUGGGGAGAAGCCAUAUUCUUGCUCUGAAUGUGGAAAACAUUUCUCCAUCAGAAGCCAUCUUCAGAUACACACAAGAAUUCAUAAUGGGAAGAAUAUGUAUUGCCUUUCUGAGAAUGGCAAACAAUUAUUGGAUAGUAGCAAUCUUCAGAGCCAUAUCAUAAGUGAUAUAGAGGAAAAUCUGCAAUGCAGUUCUGAAUAUGACAAAUGAUUACUCAGGAGAAUUUUUCAGGCAUAUAAAAGAAUGUUUACUUGCAUUCACAGGACAAAUCAUUGUUGUGCCAGUUUCUGUAAACCUCUUUCAGCUGCUGUUCACAGGGAACAAUUCUGGAGCUUCAAUCAGUGUUACUGGUAAGAAAUCACGCAAGGUUCUGUUCAUUUCCAUAUCAUGUCUACC